CUGCUUCUGUGCUAGUGUGAGAGAGCAAAUUUCUGGAAAAGGAGAGAGUACCUGGGGAGUGAAAUCAUAUCCAGGAUGAGGCAAUAUGUUCAAGUUCCAACUGUUGAGCAAGAUAAAGCCUAUGAUUAUAAUUCUUCUUUUGAGCCGAGACCAUGUAUGUGUUUGGGAGUGUGCUGCUGCUGUGCUGCUUUGCGACCUCGCUACAAGCGUCUGGUAGAUAAUAUAUUUCCUGAAGAUCCAAAAGAUGGUCUUGUUAAAGCUGAUAUGGAAAAGCUGACAUUCUAUGCAGUUUCUGCACCAGAAAAGCUGGACCGAAUUGGUGCUUACCUAGCAGAGAGACUUACCAGAGACGUUGUCAGACAUCGCUAUGGAUAUGUUUUAAUUGCCAUGGAGGCAUUGGACCAACUUCUUAUGGCUUGCCAUUCUCAAAGCAUAAAACCAUUUGUGGAAAGUUUCCUUCAUAUGGUGGCCAAGCUUCUGGAAUCAGGCGAACCAAAGCUGCAAGUUCUUGGAACUAAUUCUUUUGUCAAAUUUGCCAAUAUUGAGGAAGACACGCCUUCAUACCACAGACGCUAUGACUUCUUUGUGUCUCGAUUCAGUGCCAUGUGUCAUUCAUGUGACCAUGAUCCAGAAAUACAAACCGAAAUCCGAAUUGCUGGAAUCAGGGGCAUUCAGGGAGUGGUUCGAAAAACAGUUAAUGAUGAACUUCGAGCAACUAUAUGGGAACCUCAGCACAUGGACAAGAUAGUACCAUCAUUGCUGUUUAAUAUGCAGAAAAUAGAAGAUAUUGACAGCAGAAUAGGCCCUCCAUCCUCUCCUACAGCAGGAGAAAAAGAGGAGAAUCCUGCUCUGCUGGCUGAGAAUUGUUUCAGGGAACUACUAGGACGAGCAACCUAUGGAAAUAUGAAUAACGCUGUCAGACCAGUUUUUGCGCAUUUAGACCAUCACAGGCUAUGGGAUCCCAAUGAAUUUGCUGUUUCUUGCUUCAAAAUCAUCAUGUAUUCUAUACAGGCACAAUAUUCCCAUCAUGUAAUACAAGAAAUUCUUGGACACCUUGAUGUUCGCAAAGGAGACUCGCCACGAGUUCGUGCUGGUAUUAUUCAGGUUCUUUUGGAAGCAGUUGCAAUAGCAGCUAAAGGGUCAAUAGGCCCAACAGUUCUGGAGGUUUUUAAUACCUUGUUAAAGCAUUUGCGCAUCAGUGUUGACUUUGAGCUGGGUGAUAGGCGCAGUUCAGCGGGAAGUGCCACUUUUAGCACAAGCUCCAAGGAGAGUGAUGAGCGGAUUGUCCAGAACGCUAUUAUUCAAACGAUUGGAUUUUUUGGAAGCAAUCUCCCAGAUUACCAGAGAUCAGAAAUUAUGAUGUUCAUUAUGGGAAAAGUACCUGUUUUGGGGACUUCACGAUCACUGGAUACCACACAUCUUGGAGAUCUGGGAACUAGGAGGAUUCAGAUCAUGUUACUGAGAUCUUUACUUAUGGUGACUUCAGGAUACAAAGCAACAACGAUAACUAAUGCACUUCCUCCCCCAUUUCUGGACCCGUUAUUGUCUCCUUCACUCAUGGAAGACUCUGAGCUAAGGCAGCUGGUCUUGGAAAUACUGCAUAAUCUCAUUGAUCGGCAUGACAACAGAGCAAAGCUCAGAGGGAUACGAAUAAUACCAGAUGUUUCUGAUCUAAAGAUAAAACGAGACAAAAUUUCGAGGCAAGAUGUAAGCUUCAUGAAAAAGCAUGGUCAGCAGUUGUACAGACACAUCUAUUUAGGCUGCAAAGAAGAAGACAAUGUCCAAAAAAACUUUGAACUUCUGUUUACCUCUCUAGCUCUUAUCACAAUUGAGCUAGCCAAUGAAGAAGUGGUUAUUGACCUCAUUCGAUUAGCUAUUGCUUUGCAGGACAUUGCCAUCAUCAAUGAAGACAAUCUGCCUAUGUUUAAUCGUUGUGGUGUCAUGGCAUUGGUUGCAGCAUACCUAAAUUUUCUGAGUCAGAUGAUUGCAGUUCCUGCUUUUUGUCAGCAUGUCAGCAAGGUUAUUGAAACUAGAAGUCUGGAAGCAUCUUAUUUUCUACCAGAAACAAUUUUCAAAGACAAAUGCAAUCUUCCAAAAUCCUUAGAGAAGGACGAAAAAAAUUUAUUUUUCCUGACAAACAAGAUUGCUGAAUCAUUAGGAGGCAGUGGAUACAGUGUGGAAAGAUUGUCAGUUCCAUAUGUACCCCAGGUAACAGAUGAGGACCGACUCUCCAGGAGGAAGAGCAUUGUGGACACUGUAUCUAUUCAGGUGGAUAUUCUGCCUGGCAACAACACAGAGGAUAAGGUUGAUAAUACUGAAGAAAUCACCUUUGAAGCUUUGAAGAAAGCAAUUGAUAACAAUGGACUUGAAGAACAGGAAAAAGAAAAAAGGCGUCUCGUGAUUGAAAAGUUCCAGAAAGCGCCUUUUGAAGAAAUUGCAGCACAAUGUGAAACCAAAGCAAACUUGCUUCAUGAUAGACUUGCGCAUAUACUGGAACUCACCAUUCGUCCUCCACCUAGCCCCUCAGGAACGAUGACCAUUACUGCUGGACAUGCUCAUUACCAAUCUGUUCCGGUCUAUGAGAUGAAGUUUCCAGACCUUUUUUAACAGUGCAAUCACAGCUGUUAGUGGAUGACGAAACAGCCUCUUAUCUACAGCAUUCCGUUGUGAUUUUUACUGCUGCAGCGUAUCAGCCUGAUCAGACCACAGUCUACACAUAAAUAGGACUCGUUACUUAGCUUUUAGUUUUCACUUUUUGGGGUUUUUUUAAGGUAAGACAUACUAGUUUUUUGGCCUAUAUAAAGAGUGUAAUUUUUUAAAUAGUAAAUCUAACCUAGGGAUACACUGUAAAACACUUAUUCACUCUGUCAUUUUUUAAGAAGAACACUGUGCACUUUUGUACAAAAAGAAAAUAAGGAGUCUAAAAAAAUAAGAAUGUACUUCUGUUUGCACUCUUGCAGUAUGGAGACUGUGCUGUAAAUACAGGAUUGUUUUUGUGAUUGAUUUCUGUUGCAUGAAUGCUGCAUGUGAAAAUAACUAGAGUCAGCAUUUUGUUUUCUGUUCUGUUUAUGAAGUAUUCUUCAUUUAUGCUAAUAACAGGUUUCCAUGGUAUCGAUGUUCAAAUGAGCUUUGUGUGGGAAAUGCAGGUGUUGUACAGGUAUUGUGCAGGGAAUGAAGAGUUUGUAACACUCUGUGUUCACAUGAUGUUUAAUUUCUUCCUUUUUGGACAUUCAGGGACUCUGUAAGUUGGUAAUUGGUUCACUCUGGCCUUUCUAAAUAGCUGGGAGAUGGGAGUGACUGUAAAAUGUAUGGUUUUGAUAGCUAUUGUUAUAUGUAGCUAAUGAAUGAAACCAAAUGAAUGAAGAAUGCUGUUGUACAGUAUAAAGCUGCUUUGUUUCACUUAUCUCUUUAUGUUCUUGAGGCAAGUUGCAGAACUUAAAAGCUCCGUAUGCAUACUGGCCCUGUAUUACCUGCAACAAAUUGAGUACUGUCACGAUGUCUGUGAAUUGAUAUCCAGCUGUUCAAAUAUAUACCAGCUUUGGCUUUGGGUUCUAUUUCCCACUGUGUCAUUUUGAAAAAUUACAGCUUUUGGUAGUGGGUUAAAUCCUUGUUAAUUUCAAAAGAUAGAAAUAACUUGUUGUCCAGAAUCAGAGUAGGGCUGAUUUGUCUGUUGUUCUGAUGGUCAUAUAUUCUGUACUGUACAUAAUGAACCAGUUUCAAUAAAUGUAAGAACACACUGUGCAAUCUAUAUUUAAGCAAUAAAAUAAACCAAAAUUUCAAAUUAUAGCAUUGCAGCAUUAUUAAACUACCACUAUUUAUGUUUUAACCAUUACUAUUUCCAAGACCAAGUUGAUAAUACAAUACAAAAAUUGUUUCCUAAUAGCAAACAAGCUUCAGGAAGAUAAAUUAGCUAUGCAUUUCAGGCCUACCUCUCUGGUUAAGAAAACAUUGAGUUUGUAAUAUCAAUUUCAACCAUUAAAGUUAUUGGUGUGUGUGAAGAUCUGUAUGCAGCUCACCCAUAGGUAGCAUUUUUCAAACAGUGAUGGCAUCUAAUUGGGCUGAGUAUUACACUGUUGU